AUGGAUUUACACGCUGAAGACAAGCCAAACACGUGUAAGGUCUGUGGGGCUAAUUUCGCCCAGAAAUCUCAUUUAAAGCGUCACAUUAAAAUACAUACAGGAGAGAAGCCGUACAAAUGUGCGGAAUGUGGUGCUGAUUUUACAGAUGGAAGUAAUUUUAAAAGACACGCGAGAAUACACAACGGAGAGAAGCCAUAUAAGUGUGACACGUGUGUUGCUGUUUUCUCUCGGAAGAGUGAGUUGAAGAAACAUACACGAAUACACACAGGAGAGAAACCGCUCCUCUGUUGCAAGGUCUAUAUCUUCAUCAUCCUCAUAAUCUAUGAGAACAAGAUGGUUCCUAUGCAACGUCUUCUCCCUCUCGGUCUUCUCGCUCUUAUCUUGAACACAGGAAUGUCUUCUCUUGAUGGCUUUCACUGUCUUUUCUUCUAUCUGUAUUUCUUUACCAUGUGCGAUAUCUUCUUCUCUAUGCGGGUACCUGCUCAUCCCAUCUGCAUCUGCGUUCUUCAGUCCUGCACGAUUAUCAUGGAUUUACACGCUGAAGACAAGCCAAACACGUGUAAGGUCUGUGGAGCUUAUUUCUCCCAGAAAUCUCAUUUAAAGCGUCACAUGAAAAUACAUACAGGAGAGAAGCCGUACAAAUGUGCGGAAUGUGGUGCUGAUAUUUACAGAUGGAAGUAA